GGAUUAAAGAGCAUCCUGAAUGCCAUAUUUCAAUCAUUCAGCAUGUUAGUUACAGUCCUUUCUCUAACAUUAUACUUUCUAUGUGGUGUAUCGUUAUUGGGCGUACAAUUAUUUAUGGGAAUUUUAACAAGAAAGUGCUGUAAAACAUAUAAUUGGAAUCAGACAGACUAUGAUGUCGAUGGGCUAUCAUUUGAUUUAUUUAUCAAAAAUAAAACUAACUGGCUUUAUAGUGAUGGCUCUACGGUUCUAUGCAGUAAUUCUAGCAUAAAUACGGCAUGUCCUUCUGGUUAUUCUUGUUAUGAAGGAAUAUUCCCAAAUCCUGAGGAUGGCCUACUAAAUUUCGAUAACUUCUUGGCGUCUUUAUAUGUUAAUUUGCAAAUUAUUACUCAAGAUCAGUGGGAUUCAGACUAUCAAUCAGUUCUUAAAGCAUCUAAUACUUGGUACUUUUUCUACUUUUUGGCCAUUAUAUUUCUCGGGAGUGAUUAUCUACUAAAUUUGAUAUUGGCAGUGGUAUCUAUGGCAUAUAGUAAACAAGAACAGUUGCGUUCUGAACAAGUAAUAAUAAUUUAUUGA